CCCGCCCGCUAGGGGGCGUCUCCUCUCGAUAGGGCGAGUGAGGGGCGGGGGUUAGAGAGUUGAACGUUUGACAGAAAGCUGAAUAUGGACUCCAUAUUUCAUGAGAAACAAGAGGGCUCCCUCUGUGCCCAGCACUGCCUCAACAACCUUCUGCAGGGCGAGUAUUUCACUCCUGUGGACCUGUCCUCUAUCGCUCAUCAGCUUGAUGAAGAGGAGAGGAUGAGGAUGGCAGAGGGGGGAAUGGCUAGUGAGGAGUACAGGACCUUUUUACAGCAACCCUCUGGGAACAUGGAUGAUAGUGGGUUCUUUUCAAUACAAGUAAUUAGCAAUGCUCUUCGAGUCUGGGGCUUGGAGCUACUCCUCUUUAAUAGUCGAGAGUACCAGAGCCUAAUGAUAAACCCAGUAAAUGAGAAAGCCUUCAUUUGCAAUUAUAAGGAGCACUGGUUUACUAUACGCAAACUUGGACAACAGUGGUUUAACCUGAAUUCACUGUUGACAGGACCAGAGUUGAUAUCAGACACAUAUUUAGCACUUUUCCUUGCACAGCUACAACAAGAAGGGUAUUCCAUAUUUGUGAUCCGAGGGAAUCUCCCUGAGUGUGAGGCAGAGCAGAUUCUUGGGAUCAUGAGGGUCCAUCAGCAGCAGCGGCCAAGGCUCAUCGGAGAGGAGGAAGCGCAGACGAGUGCGGGAAGGUCGGCUGCUCUGAGCCAGACAGAGGUGGUUUUUGGUGUUGAGGAUGAGUCUGUGGGUGAAGAUGAAGAACUGAAGAGAGCUCUGGCGCUCAGUAGACAGGACAUGGAUGUGGAAGAUGAAGAUGCUGAUCUACGCAGAGCCAUACAGCUCAGCAUGCAAGGAGCAGUGAUGAGCAACAGGAUGUCAGACAGUGAAGGGGAGGGUGUAAAAUCUGGAGGGCAGGCAGCAGAGAGCACUACAGGAGAACAAAAAGAAGGCCAAAACGAGACGCUUACAGCCGAAGAGCUGAGGAAGAGGAGACGAGCCUACUUCGAUCGGCAGCAACAAGCUCAGCCAAGCAUUCCUCAACAAGCAGACAAACAUUCAGCGGCUGAUCCAGGAUCAGUAAACACUGGCUCUGAGGAGGACCAACAACAAGCUCCCAUCCAAUAAAGUGGUGAAAGUUUUGUCCGUGUUGUUUACCUGCAGCCUGGAUUCAACUCCCCUCUCAGGGGUGGCUUUGCUCCUUCUUCUAACCUUUUGCAAAUGCAAACAUAAGGGCAGUCAGAAGGCUGACACGUGGUUACUCCCCCGCCCCCUUCCCGCCUCGUUAGUCACUGACUGAGGAAGAGAAGAACGACAAAGAAAAGGCAGCACUUUCUCAUCUGAAUCUUUUAGAAAGCACGGCCACUGGACCGGAGAAGACUCACGAUGCAGUUUAAUCCAAGUUUGCAAUUUGCCUUUUUACCAUGGCGCCUUCUAUUUCUAUCGUACACAGUUUUAUAUCCUGGUUUUGUGUUUCUUUUCUUAAACACAUGGAAGUUAUGUCCUUACUUGCUGAGAGGUAAAACGAAAAGGCGUUCAACAGAAGCAAUAUGAGACCAACGUUUAGAUUAAAGCUUUACGGAAAACAACAAAGCCUCCUGAUUUUGUAGCGGUUUUUCGUGCAACACACAAGUAAUUAAAACACAGUUUCAGUCAGUCAUUUUGUUUUAUUGCACAAUAGUUCUUUUGUCCUGUCAGAAACGCUAAAACAAACAGGUUAUGUAUUCCUGACACCAUCUGUCUUUUUCCUUCUGGUGAUGUUGAACGUUUGAAGAGAGCAGUAUAUUUUUGAUGUUAUCAGAUUGUUAUUUUCUUAAAUGUCUCUUGUUAAAGCGCCCGUUUUAUUUUUCUCCUGGGAGCAACGAUGUCACCGGCAGACUGACCCCUUUUGUCUUUUUCCAGCACAGCGGGAUCAUUUACUGUUAGAAAUGUCUGACGUGUCCGGUUUUAUAACAUCCGUGUUAAUUAUUUCUCAAGUAUUGCUAGAAUUUGUUUUGAACUAUUUAGUGAUGGUAAGAAAAUACAUUAAAUCAAACAUGCUGCCUAUCAACACUCAGAAAUAGCUUAUCCCUUUACUCGUGCAUGUCGCAGCCCCCAAAGCACUCGUUAAAUUGCACUGAUUGGAGUCUUCGGUGACGUGGGUCUACAUUAAUGUUGUCGUGGCUGAAAGACUGAUCCAUUGAGAAUUUUCAGAAAUCAUCCAGAAAAUCCAAAGAGGAAUUUCAAAAAUGCUGUUUUAUUGCUGAAAGCAAUAGCCUGAGUCAGAUGUUUGUGUCGAAUGGUUCGUAUUACAUAUUUUCUGGAACGUGUGGGAUUUAUCUAAAAGCCUAAAAAAAAAUGAAAGGAUGAUCGGAUGUUUUCAUUGUUGUCUUGGAUUGGCUGUAUGGUUUAUUCUUUUUUAAAUGCACACGUGUGAGAGGAUGAAUUGUUACAUGUUGGCUUUUUCUGGUCCCUUUAUUAUUUUCAACCACUUAAGUACUGUUUGUUUUCAUGUUUGCACAAUUGAUUAUUUCAUUUAAUGUACUGUUUAGUGUUGCAGGAUUAAAGUGAUAUUAACUUGUG